AAUAUUAGUACAUCACAAAUUUAAUUUAAUUAAUUAUCAAACAAAACCCCCCUCUCUCUGAGACUCUCUCAGAGAAAACGACCGCCAAAAACAGUCCUUCAAUCAAUAUUCAAUCUGUUACGUUUCCAAACAAAUCAACACUUAGAUCCAUUCUUCCAGUUUUUGCUUCUCUGAAACUUGUAUGUUAAGCCUUUACAAACUGAUAAAGCUGGAAUCUUUUUUCUUUUAUGUUAUGGCCGAGGAACAAGAAGCACUUCUUCCAAUUUGAAUUUGAAUUUGAAUUCGGAUUCGUUUUUGUUUUCAGUUACUGAAUUGAGAAAGUUGAAUAAAUUAUUGUUGAUUCUUUCACCAAGACAAAUGAGGAAAAGCUUGCGCUUCUUUCUUCGGUUUCAUCUCCUCUUCUUUCUCUUCUUCACUACAAUUGCACCUAAGGUAGUGCAAGCCUUCACUGGUACUUAUGGAAUAAAUUAUGGAAGGAUUGCAGAUAACAUUCCAUCACCUGAAGAAGUUGCUACCCUUCUGAGGGCAGCAAAGAUAAAGAAUGUUCGUAUUUAUGAUGCCGAUCACAGUGUUCUCCAGGCCUUCAGUGGGACUGGGCUUGAAAUUGUGGUUGGACUUCCAAAUGGAUAUGUGAAAGAAAUGAGUGCCAAUGAGAGUCAUGCAAUGAGUUGGGUUAAAGAAAAUGUGCAGUCAUUUCUUCCAGGGACAAAAAUUGUUGGAAUCGCUGUGGGGAAUGAAGUUCUGGGAGGGGGUGAUUAUGAAAUGUGGGGAGCUCUUUUAGGUGCAGUUAAAAAUGUUUACAAUUCUAUAAAGAAGCUUGAUUUAGCUGAUAAAGUUCAGAUCACCACAGCUCAUUCACAGGCUGUAUUUGAUAAGUCCUACCCCCCCUCAUCAUGUAUAUUUAAAGAUGAUGUUGCUCAGUAUAUGAAGCCAUUAUUGGAAUUUUUCGCUCAAAUUGGCUCUCCUUUCUGUCUGAAUGCCUACCCAUUUUUGGCCUACAUGGGUGAUCCAGAGAAUAUAGAUAUGAAUUAUGCUCUUUUCCUGUCAACUCAGGGGAUUGACGAUUCAAAAACUAAUCUGCAUUAUGAUAAUAUGCUUGAUGCUCAGAUCGAUGCAGCCUAUGCUGCUUUAGAAGAUGCUGGAUUUAAAAAGAUGGAAGUUAUAAUUACUGAGACUGGGUGGGCUUCACGUGGAGAUGACAAUGAAGCAGCUGCAACAGUUGAUAAUGCUAGAACAUACAAUUAUAAUCUGCGGAAAAGGCUUGCAAAGAAGAAAGGAACUCCACUUAGGCCGAAGAGUGUGGUGAAAGCUUAUAUUUUUGCAAUUUUUAAUGAAAAUUUGAAACCGGGGCCAACUUCCGAGAGGAAUUUUGGACUAUUUAAGCCUGAUGGGAGCAUUGCAUAUGACAUUGGAUAUCAUGGGCUGAAAUCUUCAUCUGCUGAUUCGUUGCAGAAGUAAGUUACGGACGGCUGCAAAUAGCUGGAUAUGCUUUCAUCGGGCAAAGGAAAGAUUAGUGCAACAUUAUUGCACAAAUUAUGGUUAAUUACUAGUUGCAGAGAAUGAUAUAUUUGAUGACAAAGCUGUUUAUUUAUUUAAUUCGGUUUUGGUGAAUACUUAGCAGUUGACCCCUGUGUAUAUCAAGUGAAUAAAAGAAAUGGGAAAACAGAAUACCCAACCUCAGAUAACUCUUUACUAUUUACAGGAACAAAUUAUUGAGGGAGCAGACGUGUGCGUAUGCAGUUAUUUUUUUUUUUUUUUUUUUAUGAUUUAUGAUACUAAAUCAUCCACU